UCAAUUAUAUCAGUAACCGGCAAACAUCUCCCGUACACAGUCGUUGUUCCGUUUGGUUCGUGGACACGUGUCUCGCCGUUUCCGUGCACCCCUUUUCGCUGUUUAGGCAGCGCAUCUUCCCGCUAUCACCAAACCAUAUCGCACACGGCAGCUUGGUGGUGGAAUUGUCCUGGUCGAACAUCUCGCGCCGGGGGCUUUCCGUCGGUGUAGAAAACGAAAAAGGAAGAGCAAAAACAUGUUAGAUUUUGACGUAUUUCCUGUUGCAAUCGGUGUGGUGGUGGUUGUCGUUGGUGCUGCCAUAGCCAACUAUCUGCUAAACAGCAAGAAAGGCAAAUCCACCUCCUCUGCCUCCUCCAAGGGAGGUUCAAAGGAACCCAAAACAUUAUUGGAUCCCCAGGAAAAGUAUAUGCUGCCACUGGUCGAGAAGGAGGAAAUUUCACACGACACGUGCCGCUUCCGGUUCGGACUGCCGAGCGAAAAGCACAUUCUGGGCUUACCAAUCGGUCAGCACAUUCAUCUAUCUGCCACCAUUAACGACGAGCUGGUGAUCCGUGCGUAUACGCCUGUUUCCUGCGAUGACGAUCAUGGAUUUGUCGAUCUGGUGGUGAAGGUGUACAAGAAAAAUGUACACCCAAAGUUCCCGGACGGUGGUAAAAUGUCACAGUAUCUGGAGGGGAUGCAGCUCGGCGACAAGAUUGCAUUCCGCGGACCGUCGGGACGGUUGCAAUAUCUGGGCAAUGGACGUUUCUCCAUCAAGAAGUUGCGAAAGGAUCCGGCCCAAAUUUACGAAGCAGCACAAGUGAGCCUGAUUGCGGGUGGAACUGGUAUUACCCCAAUGCUUCAGCUGAUCCGCGAAAUAUUGAAACAUUCCGAUAAGGAUAACACCAAGCUUUCGCUCAUUUUUGCCAAUCAGACUGAGGACGAUAUUCUGCUGAAGCCCGAAUUGGACGAUCUUGCCAACCGGUAUCCGGAACAGUUCAAACUCUGGUACACAUUGGACCGUCCAAAGCCGGAAUGGUCACAGGGUAAGGGAUUCGUCACGGAUGAGAUGAUCAAGGAGAAGCUGUUCGAACCGUCGCCUUCGUCGCUGGUGCUCAUGUGCGGGCCACCACCGAUGGUAAAUUACGCGUGCAUUCCCGCACUGGAAAAGUUGGGCUAUCCAAUGGAGCGUACCUUUGCCUAUUAGGAGCGUAAAAUCAUCAGGCUUACUCUGGUCCUCACAAAAUGCACAAUCCGAAUGGUGGGUUUCAAAGGAGACAAUAGCGCUAUUCUAGCAGCAUAUUACAAAAAGAAAAAAAAACUGUCCUACCUAUUUAGAUUUGUUAGUGCUUGUUUGUUCCGGGCUAUCUGCCCCAAGCAAGAUCUUAAAGAUCAAGUAGAAUGGAUCAUGCAAAAGAAGACUUCAAUACAAUCGCGUAAUUAGGGCGGCUCUAUUAAAGAUUCCUUGUAAAGGAAUGAUCGUACGCGGUUUAGAGCUAGUUACAAAACAUUAAUAACAACACACAAACGAAAACAUCACAUUUUGGCGCCACUCACCCGUCGUUUUAUAGCACCAUCCCGUAAAAGUGGCGUCAUUUCAUGAACCGGUUAGGAUAUUAGCGGCUGUAGCUCCUGUUAUGUGCGAUGCUUUCGGACUUGUUAAGAGCUAUAAGCUUCUCAGUGAUUAUUUAAACGGUGUCGUUCCAGACGAGACGAAAUAAAAGCGAAACUCUCUAGAUCUUAACUAACCUGCGGUGUGUAGUACACACAGCGUAGCUGUGUUGUUUUAUUUACGCGGCUAUGACACAAUCAAGAUUAGUGAAUAGAUGGAAAUCAUUACAAAAUUAUGUAAAAUGAGCAAUAUGGUUUACCGCUACAAAUAAAAGUGUAGUAUUUAUCAAAACUGUAA